GAAAGGAAGUCCCGCCAUACAGUUAAAAGAGCCAAUCACCAUUUAGAUACAGACAUCACCUGUCAAUCAACUCUAGAAUGUGCAUGCACAUUAUCUAUUAUCACAAUUGUGUUUUUUGGUGUAAUAUAAUGUAAAGAAUCACAGUUUAUGAUACCAGUAUUGUCAGAUUUGACUGCUGAUUUGAAAUAUGUUCUUUGAUCAUAAUCUUAAUCACUAUUUUGGGAUUUUGGUCUUUCACCGUUCAAGUAGAUAGGAGCUGCACUGGCAUGACUGGAACUAGCCUCCCAAGAGUGUUCCAAAGAUGGCCGCCAUUGGACUGACUUGCAAGAAAGACUUUGGUGGCGCUUUCAAAACGACAUGUUUGCAUGAACCAAUGGGGCUCAACAAAUGGGAGAUUGCACAGGCAGAGGAUAUCCAAACUAACCGCAAAUAUGGAGUGUCUGAUAAAAGGUAUGAAUUCUGCGAACAAGAAAAUGACUCUCCUCAACCUUUUUCUCAUCAUCUUUGCAACAAAACUCGAAAACAGCAUUCAGUUAACUAUGAGUGAUUGUGGAUUAGAAUACAGACACCCAGAAUACACUGAUAUCUCUGUGGAAUGUGGAACGGAAUACAUCGGGCUGGCCAUUAAAUUCUGUCCUGUCAUGUACAGUGGCUACAACGAAACACUGCUCAUCCUCAACAAAAUCAUGAAUAAUCCAGCCUGCCAGGCUACUCUUGAUGCCACCGCCUCACCUCCUGUGGCCCGGUUUAGGUUCCCGCUCAACACGACCAAUGCCUGCGGAAGCAACUUCGUAACAAUCAGAAGUAUAGGAACAGGUGCGUUCUCAGACUUCUCCAACAUCGAGACAGUCAACAUCAGCGGAGUUGUACGAUCAAAUGACAUCACAACAGGCACAGUGACAUACAAUGCUGAGCUGAAAUACUACUACUCAUGUGCCUAUCCUCUGGAGUACCUGGUCAACAACACUCAGAUUGAUGUGUCAGGCUCUUCGAUUGCAGUGAAAGACAACAAUGGCAGUUUUAUCAGCACUUUGAAUCUCCAACUCUUCACCGACAUAAACUACACCCAGCCUCUCACCAUGCCUUCCCUCGGGAUUGAGCUGAGGACAAAUGUGUUUGUGCAGGUGGAGGCCAUCAACUUAACCUCCCAAUACUAUGUACUGCUGGACAGAUGCUAUGCUUCCAUUUCCCGUACGCCCACUACCACCAGCUUCUUCAACCUUUUUGUGCCAUGUACCAGAGAUCGUUUCACUAAAAUGCUUGUGAAUGGAGAGAUGCAGCAUGCCCAGUUUUCGUUUCCAGCUUUCCGUUUUACAGAGCAGCAGAACCAGACAAUGUCAACAUACUUUCUGCACUGUAUCACCAGACUGUGUGAAAAAACAUCCUGCAGCAGAUUUAUGCAAUGUUCCAAAAGGAGAAGAAGAGGUGUGACUACCACUUCUGCUCCCAAUGGUGUCACAGAUACCACUACCAUCACGUCACCGGCCAUCACUAUACGCGCAGAUGGUGUGGUGGCAUCAAAAGAAGAAGGGGUGUCGAUCACCACGAGCAAACCAACAGAUAAUUCUGUGGGUCUUGGUGUGGCAGUGGGCAUCCUGGCAUUAGCAUGCAUCAUGAUCGUGGGAAUGGGAACAGUUUUCUACAAGAGAUACAGGCACACCGGCACCUCAAAAAUGCCACACAGGGGGUACAUUUCCCUGCAGUUUCAGGUUAAACGACCACUAGAGGCGCUACAACAACAGGAAGAACUUCAGAAAGACAGAUGA